CGUCCGGCAUCGAUCUUGGUAGCCCUCCCUGCUAACUAAUUUGAGCCCCGCGACAUGGCAGCCGCAACGGAGAAGGGCGGGAGGAGGAAGAGCCUGGUGUCGAGGACGCUGGAGCGGUGCAGGUCCGGGAUCACGAGCGACGCCGGCAAGCCGUCCACGGUGGCGGGGUGCUUCUCGGUGUACGUGGGGCCGGAGCGGGAGCGGUUCGUGGUGCGCGCCGACCGGGCCAACCACCCACUCUUCCGGCGCCUCCUCGACGACGCCGAGCGCGAGUACGGCUACGCGGCGCAGGGUCCCCUCGCGCUGCCCUGCGCCGUCGACGCCUUCCUCGACGUCCUCUGGCACAUGAACCACGACUGCGACGACGGCGAUAGCGUGGUUGCACCGACGUCUCCGAUCUGCGGCCUCCAGCGCGGCGGCGGCGGAGGCAACAAGGGCCGGGCGGCGGGGCACCGGGUGCUCAGCACGGCCAAGUCGUCGCCGGCCUCCUUCUUCCUCUCGUCCAAGGCUUCUCUGACGACGACGACGGAUGGCAAGAGGAGGUGA